AUGGCUUUGGCUCUGGAGGAGUUAGAGAAUGAUCUAGAAGAGGUAAAGGCAUUACUGGAAAAGGCUACUAGGAAGAGAGUACGUGAUACCCUGACAGUUGAAAAAUCCAAGAUUGAAACAGAAAUAAAGAAUAAGAUGCAACAAAAAUCACAGAAGAAAUCAGAACUUCUUGACAAUGAAAAAUCAGCCAAUGUGGUUGUUCCCAUCACAACAGGAUACACAGUGAAGAUCAGUAAUUAUGGAUGGAGGCAAAAAAAAAAAGUAAGUGAAAACUACAUGAACUUAGCUGGAGUUCAUCAGGUUCCUGCUGAGAGUGUGCAGGUGCAUUUCACAGAGAGGUCAUUUGAUGUUUUGGUAAAGAAUCUAAAUGGGAAGAAUGACUCCAUGAUUGUAAACAACCUCUUGAAGCCCAUCUCAGUGGAAAGCAGUUCAAAAAAAGUCAAGACUGACACAGUUCUUAUCUUGUGUAGAAAGAAAGCAGAGAACACUCCGUGGGAACACUUAACUCAGGUUGAGAAAGAGUGCAAAGAAAAAGAAAAGCCAUCCUACGAUGCCGAGACAGAUCCGAGUGAGGGAUUAAUGAAUGUUUUAAAGAAGAUUUAUGAAGAUGGAGAUGAUGAUAUGAAGUGAACC